UUCGUCGCCCUUUCUAGCUUUCUUUCUUUCUUUUCUCUUUUUAUUUUCAUCCGCGGUAUUGGAAGACCUGUCCAGUCGUUACCCUGCCACGAGCGAUACAAAUAUCAUUUUAGAAUCUUUCAUGCCAACCAGAGGCUUCCAGAGUCUAAAUGGAUUAUAAUAAUACAUUACGGCGGAGCCAGUGGUCACCAUCGACGGAGACGUCGUUUGAGUCGCAGAGUCUCGCUUCCACACCAGAUAUACACGGAAGCACGCGCGCAACAGGGAGACCCAACGCAGAUAAUCAAAUUUCAACAGCGACUACGAUGGAAGCAUUAGGAAUCAGAGUCUGGCCACCAGGUUAUCAAACGCAAAGUUACCCGGCUGCAGGCCACCCUGGAGCACCUCCUCCUGCGCGGACAUAUGCGCCCACAUAUACGACGAAUUAUGGCCGACCCUUAUCGUGGAACACAUAUGGCCUCUACCUUCCACAGUACUACUCAUUACCUCCAGAGAUGAAUAGUGUCAAUGACUUGUUACAAAAUCCAGUCGACCGCUCUUUCCACGAACAGAAACCCGCAGACCACUCUCUAGACUAUUCGAGUUUGGAAACCGAUGUAGGGACGUUUCCAGACAACCUUCUCCCUGCGGAUGAGAACCAUUCACUCGUGAAUGUGAGAGGCCGUCCUCCUGAGCCGGAACACGAGUUGCUCAAAUCCGACGACGAUACCCGACGCUUCUCUGGAUCUUCGUUCUCCAUGUCCAGCGUCGGAGGUGGCUCAAUAGACGUGCCAGACAUGUCAUCAUAUCCGGACCCAUUACCGUAUCCGGCUGACUAUACCCCGAGGAGCUCGAUGACUCUUUCGUCCAAUGUCCUUUCUCCCGUUCCAACCCCCCGAUAUCCUCCAACGGAGUCGUCCAGGACAGGUAGUCGCGGGAAAGCCUCCCCGUCCCCACGACCCAAUAUGCGGGCCGCUCCAUAUACUUUGGAUGGAGGGCGGAAGAGGUGGUCUACAGGUUCCUACGGACCGUCUCCCGUCCUCAGGUCGUCGCCUCUCCUAUACCCCAGCUCCGAAAGCUACCACCGUGCAACGAACGUCCCAAAGUACUCUGUUCCUUCAGUCACAUCGAAUACUAUCCUGCCUCCGUCAAAUCUCGCUCCGCCGCCAGUUCUCGGGUCCUCACCAGCUCGUUUCCACCGCCGCGCAUUCCUGUUGCCAUCCAGUUCUGAUAAUCGGGUUCCUAACCCCCUCCGACUCUUGUCUCAGGGCCCCUUUCGAACUCUACAGAGCAGUGCGGAUCCUCACGGGAAUUGUCUCGAUCAUUACGCCAGUCUAUUCGAGCCUCCUGAUCUUCUAGGGCCUCUCCGCGAGGAGCAGGUACCCCCUCCGCCGGAGGAUCUCCACCCGGACGACCCCGAUCUGGUGCCGCAUGAACAGGAAUUACGGUUCGAGAAUGACCUGUAUACACCCCGAUGGGUUCGGGGCCAUGGCAACAAGCGGGAGGGAUGGUGUGGUAUCUGCAAGCCGGGGCGAUGGCUGGUGCUGAAGAACUCUGCUUUCUGGUACGACAAGAGCUUCACCCACGGAGUAAGUGCAGCCACCGGCCAGGCCUUCGAGCCACCGCGAGAAACACGGCGGAUGGAAGGCAACGCAGACGUCUGGGAGGGACUGUGUGGCAGCUGCGGGGAAUGGAUUGCGCUGGUGAGCAGCAAGAAGAAGGGCACCACGUGGUUCCGCCAUGCAUAUAAGUGCCAUUCCCAUCCCAAAAUCAAAGACGCUCCCAAACGGCGUCGUGAGAACGGCCGACCGUCGACGGCGACCGCGAGUCCCAGACCGGGAACACCAGCACCGCCUCGGACGGAUGCCGCGACAACACAUCCUGCGCCGGCGACUUCAGCUGUCGUGGAGAGCGCCCUGUCGAACGUGAAGACCGUCUCUCCUCUGCAUACCAUCUCUUCCAUGAUUUAGCGCUUGCAUAUAUGUAAAGGGUUGACAGGACCGUGUGAUGGCCACGACCUGCCAUGGUCGCCCUUGGAAUCUACGAUGUUUAUCAUAGCCAUUUCCCCGAGACGCAGUUUCGAGGGCUUUCAGUUGAUUGAUCGAUUUAAAAUACCACCGUAGUAUGUAUCCCAUUCUUGCUGCAUCGUUUCUCUCCUAUCCGCUACUCAUUAUUGUAUCGAUAAGACCCGAUAGAUGCGUCCGAACCGCACUAAUUCGUGCGGAAAAUGCAGCAGUUGCACCCCGCUCUACGGAGUGUCAUGUCAAUACAGGAGGGCGACGCA